UUUGAGUUCUCUGUGGACUUUGAGAUAAGGGCUGCAGGACUCGGAGUCCACGCCGUGGUCCGCUAGGAGGAACAAGGCUCGGAUUCUGAGGGUUUUUUUGGCACGUACAGUCAAGGAAAUAAGUAUUUGAACACCCUGCUAUUUUGCAAGUUCUCCCACUUAGAAAUCAUGGAGGGGCCUGAAAUUUCCACGGUCCUUUCAUGACAAGGAUGUGCGGAGUAUAAAGGCCUCUGAUCGGAGGACGAUGCUGACUCGUGAUGCGGGGCGGGGGAGGAGAGAUUGGCCUCCUCGGGAACAUCUCAGCUACUUCCUCAAGUUGUCCCCAACACUCCUCCAGAGUCUUUAUUUUGUCCGAGGUCUGGCUGAGUCCGGUCCGGCUUUUGGUCAAUUGGCUUUGGGCCUAGAUCAAGUUCAGUUCCACCUAUCCACCAUCACUGAACUUAGACCUGUCACCCAUCACUGGAUCGGACUUCACAUCCAUCCUUGGGCUUGAACCUGUCAUCUGUCACUGGACUCGGUCAUCAGUACACCAGGCCAGAUCACAGAAGAGGUUGAACCAUGGAGCUCAAUAAUUUAGUCGAUAUGACCUCCACCCACUCGCCCUUCAUCGUUGGAACCAUCUCCAUCAUUACCUUCCUCAUCAUGAUCCACAUUGUUAGAAUCAUCUUCACUAUAAUGUCGGAUGGCAGCAUCAUCCCGUCUUGGAUGCAGAUAUACUUACCUUCUUAUUACGUAAAACUACUCUCUUUUUAUGUAAAACUACUCUUUCCCACCUCAUUUGUAUACAUAAAUGUUGAACACUGGGUCAAGUUGACACAACUUUUUCUCCUACAGCAUAGACUGGCUACAGACAACAUGAAGGAAAUUGAGUCACUCAGAUCACUUGUGGAUAUGAUGAAGUCCCAGGAAAAAGAGCAUUUGCACAAGAUGAAGUCCCUGAAAGACUGCCUGGACAAUCAAAUUGCAGAAGCUGCAAACAACAAAAAGGAAAUUAGGACUCUGGAAGGCCGUCUGGACAACCAGAUUGCAGAAACUGCAAAAAACAAAAAGGAAAUUGAGACUCUGGAAAACCAUCUGGACACAUUGAAAACCUUGGAAAAAGAACGUCUCGACACGAUUAAAACUCUGGAGGACGAACGUCUGGACAAGAUAAAGACUCUGGAAGGACGUCUAGACAAUCAGAUUGCAGAAGCUGCAAACAACAAAAAGGAAAUUGAGACUCUGAAAGAACGUCUGGACAAAACUCUUGAAGAUGAACGGCUGGACAAAAUGAAGACUCUGGAAGAAGACCGCCUGGACAAAAUUAAGACUCUGGAAGACCGCCUGGACAAAAUUAAGACUCUGGAAGAACAUCUGGAAAAAAUGAAGAAUCUGGAAGAACGUCUGGACACGAUGGAGACUCUGGAAAAAGAACGUCUGGACACGAUGAAGACUCUGGAAAAAGAACAUCUAGAGAAGAUUAAAACUCUGGAAGACCGUCUCGACAAUCAGAUUGCAGAAAGUGCAAAAAACAAAAAGGAAAUUGAGACUCUGGAAAAAUGUCUGGAAAUGAUGAAAACCCUUGAAGAACGCCAAGACAAGAUGAAGAACCUGGAAGACUGUUUGGCCAAUCAGAUUGCAGAAGCUGCACACAACAAAAAGGGAAUGGAGAGUCUAGAAGAACGUCUGGACAAGAUGAAAACCCUAGAAGAGGAACGUCAGGACAAAAUGAAGACCCUGGAAGAAGAACGUUUGGACAAGAUGAAGAGUCUGCAAGAAUGUUUGGCCAAUCAGAUUGCAGAAGCUGCACACAACAAAUUGGAAAUGGAGAACUUGGUCAAAGUAUUAGAUCCUGAUCAUUUUCUCACGCCACUUGUCGAAAUGGUGAAGACUCUGGAGGAACGUCUGGACAAGAACGCAGCAGAAGAAGGUAAGUGAAGAAGAAUAAAGUUGACCUAUGUCCUGAAACUACAUGUGUCACCCCACAGCCAACGCCGUGGUGGUGUUCUCAGCGGGGCUGGAAGGAAGAGCUGGUACCACUAAGGCCAGCAAUGGGG